AUGUUGCCUAAAAUACCAACGUUCCCUCACUGGAACAGAGAGAUCCAGAAGGAGACGUUCCCUCACAGGAACAGAGAGAUCCAGAAGGAGACGUUCCCUCACAGGAACAGAGAGAUCCAGAAGGAGACGUUCCCUCACAGGAACAGAGAGAUCCAGAAGGAGACGUUCCCUCACAGGAACAGAGAGAUCCAGAAGGAGACGUUCCCUCACAGGAACAGAGAGAUCCAGAAGGAGACGUUCCCUCACUGGAACAGAGAGAUCCAGAAGGAGACGUUCCCUCACUGGAACAGAGAGAUCCAGAAGGAGACGUUCCCUCACAGGAACAGAGAGAUCCAGAAGGAGACGUUCCCUCACAGGAACAGAGAGAUCCAGAAGGAGACGUUCCCUCACUGGAACAGAGAGAUCCAGAAGGAGACGUUCCCUCACUGGAACAGAGAGAUCCAGAAGGAGACGUUCCCUCACUGGAACAGAGAGAUCCAGAAGGAGACGUUCCCUCACUGGAACAGAGAGAUCCAGAAGGAGACGUUCCCUCACAGGAACAGAGAGAUCCAGAAGGAGACGUUCCCUCACUGGAACAGAGAGAUCCAGAAGGAGACGUUCCCUCACAGGAACAGAGAGAUCCAGAAGGAGACGUUCCCUCACAGGAACAGAGAGAUCCAGAAGGAGACGUUCCCUCACUGGAACAGAGAGAUCCAGAAGGAGACGUUCCCUCACUGGAACAGAGAGAUCCAGAAGGAGACGUUCCCUCACUGGAACAGAGAGAUCCAGAAGGAGACGUUCCCUCACAGGAACAGAGAGAUCCAGAAGGAGACGUUCCCUCACAGGAACAGAGAGAUCCAGAAGGAGACGUUCCCUCACUGGAACAGAGAGAUCCAGAAGGAGACGUUCCCUCACUGGAACAGAGAGAUCCAGAAGGAGACGAACAGAGAGAUCCAGAAGGAGACGUUCCCUCACUGGAACAGAGAGAUCCAGAAGGAGACGUUCCCUCACUGGAACAGAGAGAUCCAGAAGGAGACGUUCCCUCACAGGAACAGAGAGAUCCAGAAGGAGACGUUCCCUCACAGGAACAGAGAGAUCCAGAAGGAGACGUUCCCUCACAGGAACAGAGAGAUCCAGAAGGAGACGUUCCCUCACAGGAACAGAGAGAUCCAGAAGGAGACGUUCCCUCACUGGAACAGAGAGAUCCAGAAGGAGACGUUCCCUCACUGGAACAGAGAGAUCCAGAAGGAGACGUUCCCUCACUGGAACAGAGAGAUCCAGAAGGAGACGUUCCCUCACUGGAACAGAGAGAUCCAGAAGGAGACGUUCCCUCACAGGAACAGAGAGAUCCAGAAGGAGACGUUCCCUCACUGGAACAGAGAGAUCCAGAAGGAGACGUUCCCUCACAGGAACAGAGAGAUCCAGAAGGAGACGUUCCCUCACAGGAACAGAGAGAUCCAGAAGGAGACGUUCCCUCACUGGAACAGAGAGAUCCAGAAGGAGACGUUCCCUCACUGGAACAGAGAGAUCCAGAAGGAGACGUUCCCUCACUGGAACAGAGAGAUCCAGAAGGAGACGUUCCCUCACAGGAACAGAGAGAUCCAGAAGGAGACGUUCCCUCACAGGAACAGAGAGAUCCAGAAGGAGACGUUCCCUCACUGGAACAGAGAGAUCCAGAAGGAGACGUUCCCUCACUGGAACAGAGAGAUCCAGAAGGAGACGAACAGAGAGAUCCAGAAGGAGACGUUCCCUCACUGGAACAGAGAGAUCCAGAAGGAGACGUUCCCUCACUGGAACAGAGAGAUCCAGAAGGAGACGUUCCCUCACAGGAACAGAGAGAUCCAGAAGGAGACGUUCCCUCACAGGAACAGAGAGAUCCAGAAGGAGACGUUCCCUCACAGGAACAGAGAGAUCCAGAAGGAGACGUUCCCUCACAGGAACAGAGAGAUCCAGAAGGAGACGUUCCCUCACUGGAACAGAGAGAUCCAGAAGGAGACGUUCCCUCACUGGAACAGAGAGAUCCAGAAGGAGACGUUCCCUCACUGGAACAGAGAGAUCCAGAAGGAGACGUUCCCUCACAGGAACAGAGAGAUCCAGAAGGAGACGUUCCCUCACAGGAACAGAGAGAUCCAGAAGGAGACGUUCCCUCACAGGAACAGAGAGAUCCAGAAGGAGACGUUCCCUCACUGGAACAGAGAGAUCCAGAAGGAGACGUUCCCUCACUGGAACAGAGAGAUCCAGAAGGAGACGUUCCCUCACUGGAACAGAGAGAUCCAGAAGGAGACGUUCCCUCACAGGAACAGAGAGAUCCAGAAGGAGACGUUCCCUCACAGGAACAGAGAGAUCCAGAAGGAGACGUUCCCUCACAGGAACAGAGAGAUCCAGAAGGAGACGUUCCCUCACUGGAACAGAGAGAUCCAGAAGGAGACGUUCCCUCACUGGAACAGAGAGAUCCAGAAGGAGACGUUCCAUGUUUCAGAAAUCUGUUGA